AAGAGGAUCAAAUGGUUGGACAGACCUCCACAUGUGGACAUGUCCGUGGGGCUGGACAUCUCCACUUGUCCCGGUAUUCAAGUUCUGCAGAACCCAGUCGGCUUUUUAGAACACCUUCAAGUCAAGUAUAUGUGCAGCCUUCACUAAUCAUGACUCUUCCUCCUCCAUGCUUCCUUUUGGUUGUAUGUUAGCUCUUUUUUUUAUGAAAAUGUUUUGUUGUUGCUGGUGUUUUUUAUAUAAAGUAUUUUCUCCCAGUAAAGUUUCUGAUAAAUUUCAAUUGAUGCCAUUAAAAAGGUCGAAGCUCUUCAGUGUCGUUUCAUAUUUCACCACACAUUGUUUCGUUUGGACUGGGGGGGCGAAAGCAGACAAAAACUGACUAGUUUGUAUUAAGAACCCAAUUCUAAAGAGUCAUCUUCAUCAGGUCGGCUCAGAAUCACACACCAGCACUGCUGCAGUAACAGGAUGCAUAAAUGUUACUUCAGACAGGAUGCGAAACCGAUGAUUCUCCUAUAAAUGUGACAGAAGCUGUUUGUUCGGAGAAGGUGUGUUGUUCUGAUGACAGGAAGUGGUGUGGGACAUCCUUCUGUCAGUCACUGGUCUUUCAGUCUCCAUCCAGACAUCAUGAAGCUUCCAUCAGCGUGUCUGCUGCUCGGAGUCUCCGCUGUUCUGCUGGCAGGAGGAACUGUCUCUGAAGUGUCUCUGAUCGUCAGACCAGACCUUCAGCAGUUCUUCAGUGGACAGUCAGUGUCUCUGAGUUGUGAGGAUGGACAGACAGCUGAUGGAUGGACAGUUAAAAGGACCAAAGGAACACUCACUGAAACCUGUGGAGCAUCUGGAUCAGACUUUGGAGUGUUUAAGGACUCCUCCUGUGUCCUUGACCUUUUGUCUUCUUACACUGGAGUUUACUGGUGUGAAACCAGUGCAGGACAGAGGAGUGACCACAUCAAUAUCACUGUUAACCAGAAAGAAGACAGGGCUUUUAUUCUGGAGGUCCCUGCUCUUCCUGUGGAGAAAGGAAGUAACGUCACUCUGCAUUGCCGUCACAAAGAUGGCUCCACCCGUGCAGCGUAUUUCUACAGGAACAGUCAUAUUAUUGGAGAUGGAGUCAAAUCUCAGAAGGCCAUUAUCCACAGAGUCCAACAGUCCGAUGAAGGUUCCUACUGGUGUUCUACUGACACUUCUGGAUCAUCACCUCAUAGCUAUCUGAGAGUCAGAGAUCCUCCUCUCCCUCAACCAUCUUCCCACCCCAUGACAGCUUCCACUUCUUCAGCUGAUGGUGCUAAUCAUACAGCAAGUUCUCCUUCUCCUUCUGUGUCAUUGGUGCACCUCCUGUGCCACCUGCUGGUCCUCUGCCCUUACUGCGUGUGCAGCGUCCUACUGGCUUCAAUCUGCUGCAGCAGGGCCUCGGGAAACCAGGCUGUGGUCUCCAUAGAAACCACCCAGCUUGGUGAACUGGGUGAUGUUGCUGCUGAUGUCACUACAGAGCAUGAGUUCUGAUGGAGCGUUUGGGUCUCAUGUCCGGCUGCUUCGCCACAAACAGGAAACCUGGACCCGGAACCCAACCAAUCAGAGCAGCUUUUGAAAGGAAGUCUCACUUCCUGCUCAGCUUCUUCUGAGUGAAAUAAGAUCUACUGACACUCGGACCACCAGCAGCACCAAGCUGCUCAGUGUGCUCACAGCACUGAAAAUACUGAUCCAGCUUUAACCCGAGCCGGAUCAGGUCAGAACACAGAGCAAGUACAGACGUUUUUCAACACUGUGAGGAAACAAAUAAUAAAAGAAGACAUUUCUAUUCACCUGAAAAUAUAUUUACUAAUUAUACAAAGAUUAAUUUGAUCAAACUGAUCUUUUAUUUUUAUUUUUUAUUUCAAUGUUUGAAUUUUUGAGCGUGUCCUGUGAGAUUUAAUUACCUUACUGUUAUGGAUCUCUAUGUUUGUUAUUAUUACUUCCCGCAAUAAUAAAAAAUGAUGAUAAUCAGCAGAUAAUUAAAUGGAAUCACUUAACCUGCAUCAAGGACACAAGAGAUAAAA